AUGCGGAAUGACCCGUCCUCCUUGUCCACCCGCGAGAGGUCAGAGCCCUCGCCUUCUACUCCCGGGACGCCCCCAGCCGGGCGACAUCUGCGCAUCUGGGCCGUCGGAGAUCCAGCACCUCCGGGAGUAGGUCCACUCGCAGCUCGGCCCUUCCAGGUGAUGGUGCGCGGCCACCGAGGCCCCUGGCGCGCAGGUGUGGGCUCCCCAAGCUGGGCUGGUGUGGGGGCUUUGGGUAACGGGCUGGCAGCCGCAGAAACCAAACCCUGCACUCUCUGGAAGACUCCAGACUCCGUGUCCUCCACCACUAGGAGCUUCUGGAAGCAGUUCCCCGACCGAAUUGGCUCAAAGAGGGAUACGGGGAGAUCUGCGAACCCCGAUGGAGGAGCUCCUGGCUUUAAGCUGAGCAGGAAAAAAUGGGCCCCUGAAGCUCGCGCGUGGGGUCCCAGGAUGCCUCCGGCCACGCCCGGCUGGCCCCAGUCCCCGCCUGGCCGCUUCCCGCNUUAUUGCAAAGCUCAUGGCGCCGCGCUGCUCAGCGGCUACCAGGCCCUGCGCGCCGAGGGCUUCCUGUGCGACGUCACAUUGGAAACGGAGGGCAGCGAGUUCCUGGCGCACAGGUCUCUCCUCGCCUGCUCCAGCGACUACUUCAGGGCCCUGUUCAAGAGCCACACCCAGGAAUCCCGGGCCCGCGUGAUUCACCUGCACGUGCCGUCGGCGGCCGGCCUGCAGCGUCUGCUGGACUUCAUUUACACCGCCUGGCUACCGCUCUCCAUGGACACCGUGGAGGACACGCUGGAGGCCGCCAGCUACCUGCAGGUCACCGAGGCCCUGGGGCUGUGCGGCCGCUACUUGGAGCGCCUGCUGGCUCCGGAUAACUGCUGCUUCGCUGCCAACGUGGCCGCGCGCUUCGGCCUGGCGCACACGCUGGACGCAGCCGAGCGCUAUAUCGCGCGCAACCUGCGCGAGCUGUUGGCUCGCGGAGCCGGCGCCGUAGGGCUGCUGGAGCUCAACCCCGCGUCGCUGAGGGCCGUCCUGGGUGCCCCCGACGUGGGGGACCGCGGCGUCGUGUACAUCUCCGGGGGCAAGGCAGGGACAGGUGAAGGAGGCACGAGCAGUCUCAGGGACCUGUACUCCCUGGGCCCGGGGGAGCGGGCCUGGAGCAAGAGGGCGCCUAUGGGCACAGCGCGCUUCGGGCACCACAUGGCUGCCCUGCGCGGGGCGGUGUUCGCCUUUCUGGGGCGCUUCGAGCCCUUCUCGGAGAUCGAGCGCUACGACCCAGGCACCGACCAGUGGACUCGGCUGCGGCCACUGCCCUACGACCGCUUCUGCUACGGGCUGGCCGUGGUGGAGGAGACGGCGCUGCUGCUGGGCGGCGUCAAGUGGCGGGACUCGCGCCAGGUGCCCACCCGCAACGUGGUGGGCUACGACCUGGACCGCGACCGCUGGGAGGACAUCGGCUGCGCGCUGCCCUGGGCCUGGAGCGGCCUGCAGUGCGCGGUGCUGCAGCUGGCCGAGGGCCGCGUCCGCUUCGGCCUGGUGCCCCCCGACGUGCUGGGGCCCGUGUACUCUGGCUCCGGCCUCGUGCUGCCCGCUCGCGUCAAAGGCCUCAUCAUCCAGGCCCUCACUUACCACAGGGCGCCCUCGCGCCAGCCGCUCUUGCAGGGCGAGCAGACCAGCGUCCGGAGCCCGCAAACCCGCAUCUUACUGGUGGGGGGGCGCAGGGCAAGGGAGGCGGUGACUGAGGAGGUCGCGGUCCCCCAGGGGGCGGGCAGGGGGGCCGCAGUGGAGCCAGAGGGGGAAGAGGAGCAGUUGGAGGAGGAAGAGGAGGAGGACGAGGAGUGGGAGCUCACCCAGGACGUGGUGGCCUUCGACGUGUAUAACCACCGCUGGCGCAGCCUCACCAAGCUCCCCGCACCGCUCCUGGGGCACAGCGUGCGCAUCUACAUUUCACAAAAAUAA